AUGGCCUCUAUUCCCCAGAUGCUUCUCUUACCAACAACCAUUCUCGCCCUGGUCGCAGAAGUGGCGGCAAAUCAACCACUGGCCACUGCCAUCAAGAAGCAGCUGCCAGAUGCAAACGAGAAGCUAUUUCCCGACCACCUGGCUUUUGAGCCGCUCCCAGCAUUGAACCCGUUCGAGACGACCGCCCCUGCGAACAUUUGGCUCGAUGGCCAAGAGGAACAAGACGCCAGCUCCAGCUAUUUGACGAAGCGAUACCAUCCCGCCUUUGCGUACCACUUUCAAGAAUCCGAAGAGGACUUGCUAAAACGUGCCGCGGAUGUCUUGGCGAUUCUCGAGAACAGAGCUGCAUGCCCCUCAGGAACGGAGAGCUGCUCAGGCAUUGGCUCGCCAGAUAAAUGCUGCGCGGAUGGGUCAUAUUGCACAAAUGUAUCCGAUUCCGACGCUGAGCAAAUUGCGUGUUGUCCCAACGGGGCUACCUGCGGAGGAGGAGUUGGUGCCUGUCCUUCAAAUGCUGUGAGCUGCCCAUCCGCGCUUGGUGGCGGCUGCUGUAUUCCGGGAUAUGUCUGCGUAGGAGUUGGAUGCGUUCCCAGUGCUGCAGCAACUGGCUUUCCGUCGUCAACGGCACCACCGCCCCAAACCACGCCCCAGACUCAUUCGACCGCCGCAACAGGUAAUCCAUCAACCGUGAUAGUGACUCUCGUCGUCACUGAAACAUCAAUCCCUCCUCCGGUCACGCAGACGUUAACAGUAACAGCCACAGGCCCUGGAACCGAGACCGCAACGGGAGCGCCGCCAUACAGACCAACAGACGCUACUUCCACCUCUUCUACUUCCACUUCCACCUCCUCGGCGCCUAUGACAACGACCGAUUCAGGCGAAACUCAAACUGGCUGUCCAACUGGCUUCUAUGGUUGCCUGGCCACUCAUGGAGGUGGUUGCUGCCGCACCGACCGCGACUGCCAGACAUUUUCCUGCCCGGCGUCCUCGUCAACAAUCAUCUCCCAUGGCGUCACCGUGGUGGUCCCUGCAGACGACGUGCCCACCGCGACGGCAUCAGAUAAGUGUGCAAGCGGCUGGUUCUUGUGUGGAAAGGACGCAGGGUCCGUGGCUGGAUGCUGUCCCAGCGGGUAUAAAUGCGGCACAGCAAGCUGCUUCACUUCUGCUGCCUCGGAGACCAACUCUGUGCAGAAGCAAGAGCCGGAAGCUUCGAGUAAAAAUGCAGCUUCUUCGGCAGUGUUGAGCAGUAGCUUGCUGAUUAUGAGUGGAAUCACUGGAUCUCUCCUUCUUCUCUUGGGUGCACUGUAA